AUGGGCGUGAUCACCAUAUUUGACACUGCUCGUAUCAUGGAGGAUCUGGACAGCGAAAAUGCUGUGAUUGGUAUUCUCAACUCUUCAAGACAAAAUGUUUCUGGAGCGAUCCGCUCAAUGAGUUUUUCACCCAGCCCUUGGGAUCUCUUAGCCGUUGUGGAAGAGCAAGGGCGUGUGAAUGUCAUCGAUCUGCGUAAUGCCCUUCAGUCUGCCCAAAUCAUUCAUCUAGAGCCAGACUCAUCGGACUUGAAGAGGGUGGAUGUUCAAGACCAAGAAAGUACGUUUGAACAGCGACAAUUAGAAAUCGAGCGCCGAUUUCUCGACACGCACGACGAAGCACUUGCAACUCAGAAUUACUUGUCCGCAGUUAUGAAUACUGCGGACCUCAUGGAGUAUGCCGCCGAUCGAAGACGCAUAUAUAGAGAGAGCAUUUCUAAUGAGCUGACGCAUCUAAGGAGCAACCCGCAUCGUUUGACAGAGAGUGAGCGUCGGACAAUGGAAGACCACAGCCAGCGGAGGGCAAGACGCAACAACAACAAUAAUGAUCCAUCUGCGCCCCUCAGUAUACAUUACAACAGCUCGAACAGAUUCCUUCCGCCGACCCCGCCAUGGGAAGGAACGAAUUCCUCAUCUACUAAUCAUGCUCGCCAAACUGCAAGCAUAGCUGAGUACAUGCGUCUCCGCAACUCUGACAGCUCUAGAUCAUCUGGCGAAAGGUUAUUCCAUCCUCGGCGACGGAGUUCCGUGGUCGUUUCCAACUCUAACUCCGCUGCAAACGAUUCAACAUCACUGGCACCAAUAGGAACUGGGUCUAUACCUCUUUCGGCUUCGCCUUCCCGUCUCCCAUCGUCUACAUCAGUUAUGAAUGAUCCUUCUUUUCCAGCACUCGACUCGUCUUGGCACACCAUUAGCAACGCUAUGAACGCAAGUAACGAUGCACUAUCUAGCGUGCGAAGUAGAAUAGCGCCUUCAGCGACUCUUCGCGACCUCGACCGUCGAUCUAGUACGGAUCCUGUAGACUACCAAAGCCAAUUUCAGCAGCUCCAGACUCUUCACCAAUUAGCGUCGAGAAAUGAACAGCAAAGGCAGCUUAAUCUGAUGAAUGCGCAGCGCUUGAGUAUUCUGAGGUCUCACCCAAGAACUGGCGAAGAAGGCGAGCUACCUUCGAUGAGCGAUCUACUAAUGCGGGUCAACCGACAAGACGGAGUCGUCACUAUGGGCGUCGGUUGGGGCCUGAGCGGACGAGAAUUGUAA